AAACGGUCGAACACGAAGCUAACAUUUCGGUCGAAAGAAACUUUUGUUAUCCCUGAAUAUUUGCACAAAUAGAACAAGGUUUCAACAGAACUAAAUCUGUCUCAGUUCAGAUUCGCUACGUGACUUGGUGUGGAGGAAUGUCUAUUGAGCUGAUCUUAUCUGCCAGUCCGCCUAUAUUUUCUCAUAACUUCCUUGCAGACUACUGCUAUACCACUGGGUUCAAUACUUACCCCUUUCGGCACCACCAUAGUAAAGUGACAAGAUAUAACUACAGCGAGAAUGCUACUCACUACUCCAAAAUGCCGCCCAUUCGAUCUUGUCUCAUAGCACGAGAUGAAGUUCUGCCUGAUCACGAUAUUCAACCGGACAUAAAAUUCUGUAAGGGUAGAAAACGCGUAUGGUUUGCUGACGAUAAAGGCCUUGCUUUGACACAAGUACGGAUACUUACCGAAGCAUCACACUGUCUACCUCGCUGGACAGACCAGUUUUUCGCAGAAGUGUCUGAAGAUGUAAAAUCACAUCUUAUGGCCAAAAGUUGCUGGGAAGUGGCCUUUCCUCAACCAGCUUCAGAUUAUGUUGAAUUUCGUAACAACUUAGACCAACAGUGUAUUUCCUUAGAAAACGUCAUCAUUUCUAACAAUAAGUUCUCUGGGACCAUUAAAGUGAAGAACAUUUCCUUCAAAAAAGAAGUUUUUGCUCGAGUUACUUUUGACAGAUGGCUAAGCUACGAGGAUGUGCCCGCUUCUUAUGUCCCUAACGGACUCGAAAAGUCGGCGUCGCCGUUUGAUACUUUUUCUUUUUUCGUUUCCAUCCCUUCCUCGGCGAAAGAAACUGAAGUGAUCGAGUUCUGUGUAUGUUAUAAAAGUGACCACUUUUAUAAAUGGGACAAUAACAGAGGAAGCAAUUAUAGGAUAGUCACCACAAAGAAAACCGAGGAUCCCUUGAAAAUCCAAAACUUUGUUGACCCUGUAACAGCAGACUUUCACUCAUGGACGGACUUUGCCAGUUCGAAUCACGUGAUAACAGAUAAACACGUGAUUACUGGUGAUUCCACUGUCAACACUAUAGACUUAUUUUAGAAUUACUUUUCGAACAGUUGAAAUAUUCUAUUGUGUUAAGUUCCUGAGAACCCAAUAUUGUAUUAUGCACAUUACUGUCAUUGAAGUUUAGGUUUUGUAAAUACCACUAUACAAGGAAUGAGAUAGUUGACAAUUUUAUUUUUAGUCUUUCCUAAAUCAAACAGACAUGUAAAAAAUAUUACAAAUGCAUAAAAGCUAUUAUAUACGCGAGAUGGUUUCCCGGAAAUAUUUUUUUACCAAUAACAAAAAUGCCUGUAGCAACACUGUUUCUGACGAAGUGGGAUGUAUGAGAAAACAAACAAACAAACCUUGAAACAGCUAUGGAAGACGACCAAAGCGGUUGCAAAAUGUCUAAAGAAACGAACGACGGAAGAUUCCAAGUUUUUGUUCAACCCAACAUUCUUUAAGAAAAAAAAAUCUAGUCUAAAGUAACUUUCAGAAGAAAAAAUUUCAAGUUUACAACUGGGUUCAUCUUCGCCAUGAAAAUCGAAGCUAACCAGAUGCACGAGCCAUCUACCACGAGUUCUGCGAAGCGAUAGAUAACGAAUAUUUGUCAAGCUGGUCUUCAAAUUCUCGUUACCAUUUUCAGCAUUAGUACAGUUCGCAGAGGC